UAGCGACUACUUAUCCAUCAUAGUCGAUUUGUCUACCCAAGCUCAUUAACGCAAAGUCUUUCUAGCUCGUGCAGAAAGUGUUAAGUCCGGUUCAAGUAUCAGCGGCUCCAAUUGUUGGUUUUCUAAGAGUGGUAUCUUCUCCUAAUUAAUCCGCGAUGAGGAAGUUUCUUGCAGUUGGUAUCUUGUGCGCCCUAAUCCAGGUCUUAGUUGCAUUCCCAAGUGAAGAUAGUGCAAUUAAAGCAGCAGUGGAAGCGGAUGAUAGGACACCGGUUCUAUUAGUGAAUGCAGAUGACGAUGAGAACAAGCCAACUACAUUAGACGUGAUAGAACUGGAAAGCGGAUCCAAGCUAGGGGAUGAAAACAAUGGAACCGAUAAGAACAGACCACGCCGAGCACUCCUACUAGCGAAGGCAGCUCUCCUGAAACUAGGAUUACUGAAAGCAGGAGUCGUUGGUUUAGGAGCCGCUAAAGUGGCAGGACUUGGACUUUACGGAGCUGGCUACAAUAACUACUACGGUGGAUACGGUGGUGGUUAUGGCGGAUAUGGUGGAUAUGGCGGAUACAGUGGUUACAACGGCGGCUAUGGAUACGGUGGCUACGGACCCUACGGCGGAGGUGGUUACGGCUAUGGCCCAAAAUUUUUCGGUGUAGCAGGAUACGGAUAUUUCUAGUCGGAAGUACAGCACGAGCCACAUAGUUAUCAUACAUAGACCCGUAUAUUAUGUAUCGAAAUAAGUAUUCAUAGAUAACGCCAAAGUCACGAGAUUCGAAAAAGCACUUACAGUUCGAUGACUCUGUUUACUCCUCAAAUAUUUAUUUUAUUUGUUAGAAAAUCUUUCGCCAGUUAUGCUCUUACGUAUUCGAGCGGUUAUUUGGUUUCAUAAUUAUCUAGAAAUUGAUAUUCUGCAGAGAAGAUAGUCUUCAAUUAUCUUCGAUUCUAUAAGGUAAGAUUCUGUAUCUGAAGCGGCGAAUGAAGUAAUUUUUAAAUCCACCUUACCAAGUAUUCACCAAGUACAAGUGUUAUAAAUUUGCUGUUAUUUUGAUAGCGUUAAGUAAAUUAGGUAGCACUUAAAAUAAACCUCAUUAAUCCUUAAUGUAUCUGGUAUUUGCUCCGUAGAUAAUUGGCUGGUACUUUUGCUUUUAGUAAAAGGCGCUGGUUCGUGAAAAUUUAGCAUAUAAUUGGCAUACAUACAUAGAUUGAGUAUCUUUCAAGAUAUUUAGGCUCUUCCAAAAAAGUCAGAAAUGUGAGUCUAGUUAAACUUCCACCUUGGAAGUAAACGUUUUAUUCCAGCGCUACCUAAUGAAGUUGGAUAAUAAACAAUUAAACAGUU